CGGCGCAGUCGGGGAGAUGCAACCCCCCGGCAGGAUCCACUGCGCAUUUAUAUCGCCGAACCAGUCCGGACUUUUGCCCGCCCCGAUCCCCUUCCUUGCAAUCUCGCUGACCGCUGGCCUUUCGAGCCUCCGUAUCGCCUCUGUCUCUCCCUCUCUCUCCCUCGACAAGCCUCCGCUCGCGUGUUGUCCGAUCUCGCCCUCAUAAACAGCCCCUACGUAUUCGCGCCAAUUCGAUGCCCACUGGCCUUUAGCCCUGUUUCAUCCUCUCUCAACGCGUCCUCUGCCUGCUCGUCCCGGCUCGCAUCCGCACCCCCUUGCCCCUCCGAUCGGGCUCGCGUCUCGGCCUGCCUCUACCCUCCCGCCAAUCCGUCCAGAUUAAGAGCCAGGUCGCGAUACGGCGAUGGAGCAGCCAAUCAGACCGCAAGCACGGGCUGCGCCCAAGCCCGGCAAGCUCAACUACGCCUGCGAGGCGUGUCGCAUCUCCAAGAUCAAGUGCCAAUCCGGGCCUCAGCCCGGCAUCUGCAAGCGGUAUGGCGCCACCACCUCGGGCUCACUCCCGUCUGUGAUCUCCCCCCCCCUCCCAAUCUGUAUAUGCGAUCCUGCGGGUACCAACCAGUAGCUGAAAGACUAAGAUAACAUCGUCCACAGCUGCUCC